AUGAAGGGUUACAGCCCACCAGAUGCUCUAUUUCUUGAGCCCCCACAUUUGCACGAUCCUACAGACGUUUCACAUGUUGCCGCACUCCCAGACUCAAUGCUCUCACAGCUCCCCGAGUCCGUACAAGAUGCACUUUGGACCCUACAAGAGUCAACCUCCAUAGUCUAUGCUUCCUACGAGAGGCUACAGGAGCUUCUUGACCAAAGAUUCGAUCGGCUUGUUCCUCUCCCAAUGGGAGCUGGCACCUCUUCAAGAGGUUAUUCCGAGGGAGCGUUUUUCAAUUAUGCCAACCACUUCUCUGCUGAACGACGUUACUUGCUCGAAGAUGCCCUACCUGACUGGAAACACAAAGCUUCCCGAGCGGGGCUGAGCCGAUUCAACGAAUUGAUAUUGACAUUUCGAGGCAAGACCAUGACAGUCGCUGAGUGGUUCACUCAGCUCCACGCCGCUGUUACACUUUGGUGUCACGAAGCUAGACAUGUCGAGCUACCGGACUUUGACUCGACGAUUCUAGAAUACGAGUCUCAGUCGUCAACGCCGUCAUCUGAACACUCAGAAUCGGAUCUGGAGGAUUUGAUGGGUGGACAUCCGGUUAGAACCGGCCGGAAGCCGGUCAUCGUCACUGAGGGAUUCAGUUUCGAGGUUUCCAAGGCAUUGGAAGCGCUCUAG